CACUGUAAAAUUAGUAAAUAUUGUGAUUCAAAAAUCUUUCACAUAAGUGGAUACUAGAUACCUAUUAUAGUUUCUCGUUUAAUAAAUAAAUACUUAAAGUCCAUACAAAAUGUCUGAACGAAAAGUGUUAAACAAAUAUUAUCCUCCGGACUUCGAUCCAUCGAAGAUUCCACGUAUGAAAUUGGCCAAAAACAGACAGUAUACAGUUCGUCUUAUGGCUCCUUUCAAUAUGCGUUGCAAAACCUGCGGCGAGUAUAUUUACAAGGGGAAAAAGUUCAAUGCACGGAAAGAAGAUGUUGAGAAUGAGGACUACAUGGGGAUCAGGAUUUAUAGGUUUUACAUCAAAUGCACAAGAUGUCUUCAAGAGAUAUCGUUUAAGACUGACCCUAAGAACACAGAUUACGAGAUAGAGGCUGGGGCUACGAGGAACUUCAUGGCGCUCAAGUUGGCAGAGGAGCAAGCCAAACGGGAACAAGAUGAGCAGAAAGAGGAGGAAGCUAAUAAUCCUAUGAAAUUGUUGGAGUACAGAACGGAGCAGUCUAAACAAGAAAUAGAAUUGCUUGAAAGCUUAGAGGAGCUGAAAGAGCUUAAUCGGCGGCAGCGGACAGUUGACUAUGAAAGCAUGCUCAAGCAGUAUCAGCCCGAAUCGUCUGAGGAGCGACGCGCGCGGGAGGAAAAAGAGGACAAUGAGUUUAUCAAAUCAAUUAACUUUGGUUCGUCACAGAAAGUGGUAGCAGAGGAGAUUAUUGAAGAUGUAGAAGAUGAGCCUCCAGCUAAGACUUCUAAACUAGAAGUGAUUACUUCCAAAACUGAGGCAAAGAAAAAGGAGUCUUGGAACAAAAGCAUAGGAGUUUUAUCUAAAAGACCACUGGCUAAUCUUGUGAGGAGUAAAAAAGUGGACACUGCGACCAGUUCUAAAAAUGUUAAAUCGUUGGUGACUGACGAUAAUCUGGUUACAACAAAUUUAAGCACUAAUACAACAAAUGCUACAGUGGUUACAAAUAAGAAUCAAGAAAGUUCAAACAGCAGCCCAAAUGUUUCAACGGUGGUUUCAAGCAAGGAGGAUACACCUGUGGCAUCGGGACUUUCUCUAUUGGCUAACUAUUCAGGCAGUGACAGUGAAUGAUUGAGCAUUUUAUCAUUUUGUGUACGUGAUUCAUAAGAAGUAUGUUUUAUGGAACAUGUGGUGAUUU